CAUGCCAACAAUCCUCGCCCUAAUUUAUUGUGAGAAGGAUGGAUACUUUUAGAAAUUUCCCAAACUGACUAACUAAAAUGCGUUGUGGAUGAGGUCACUGGUGACAGACGUCAGUCAGGACCCUUAGUUUCCGAUAUCAUCCCAUUCUCAACCACGGCCGUCACAACCACCCAUUUUAGUAUUUUAGGGGACUUUCCCGCAUAAUAUUUUCUCACAGAGACACUUCAAUAACAUGAAUUUUCCACACGAGAUCCCGCUCAUUCACACAUGCGUUUCUUGGAAAGCCUGCGACUAUGGUCCCCCCAACGCCACCGCCGCCGUGUCAAUCUACCGCAUUCUCAUAAUUCCCAGCCCACAAUUGGCGCUCGUGAGACCGCACGGUGGUCAGAAUUUGUUAAUAGAAUCUGGUGCCUGAUGGAUACAAUUUCAGAUACUUUUGCUACGACACCCACUCGCCAUGCUGCUCGUCUGAACGAUUAUAUAUGGCCUCGCUCCCAUCCCUGGCCUCCUUAUUCACCAUCACCGGCCCUAGCACAGCGAUUGCAUGGCUACGCUGCAGUGCACAUAUUUACGGCCAUCUACCUGCCGUACGCUUUUAUUGUGUCGGUUGUAACAAUGAUCGUUGCUAUCGGGCUACGCGUUGGGUUUCCUAACGGCUGGCGCUUUUCCAUAGUCCUGGGGGUCUGCGGAUGGGUGCCUACAACGAUGUUGGUGGGGUUAUAUGUCGUUUUAAAGACGAAGAUAAGGAUGGCGAGGGAGGUGGCCUGGGCAGCUUGGGGUGCGGAGGUGGAUAGACGGAUUUUGGAAUUUGAGAGCCUACAUGGGAGGGCUAGGGAAGACGAGAUAGAAGCGUUCAUGUAUUGGGUGAGGGGAGGAGAAGGAUUUGAUAAUUCUCAUGUCGCUGGGCGAGAACCGGAUGAAGAGAGUGCCAUUGGGCCGGCCCUGACGGAUGAAGAGUACCAGACUGGCUGGGGAAGUUUGAGGCAGGAAGAUGGGGGCGAUGGCAGUGAUGGCCCUGAUGAGGAGGGCUGGAAUAUGCAUGGGACCGUCCUGAGGGAGCUUCAUAUGGCGGUGCAUUGGCGGCAGAAUGCGGAUGACCAGGCGAGGGCGCAUCGAGAGGCGCAGGAGGUAGCUCGUUUGAGGAACCAUAUUGCACAUGGCGUGGCUGCGGAGGCGAGCUCCCGUCCUGAGACCAUGGGGCUGGUGAAUAAUCCAGCGGUGAAAGUGGCAGAGGAGCCACUGUUGGAUAUUGACCUGGGUGACAAUGACUCGGCAGUAUCAUUCACAGUCAAAAACGACGAGAGUAAAAGCAUAACUUCUGUGGACAAUGUGGAAGCAGAGCAGGAUGAUGAUAAAGUAAAUACGGGUUGAAAGUUUAACGUAGUCAAAUUUCCAUAGAGUAGGCAGAUACAUACAAUAGAUUCUAUUUGAUUG